AAAAAACACGGCGACGCUGUGCACAUUGUACGUCCAAGGAGGAGUCUGUCUCAUCGUCUUACGCUCGCGCACUACUCUUUCAUCAGUCUCUCUCUAUAUUUUCUUCUCUGCGACUUUCUCUGCCUACCUUUUUAUGCAUGGGGAUUCUGAAAUCGAAGUACCAAUAGCGUAGAAAACCAUGUCGAGCGUUGUUUAAAAAUUUUCAAUUCGAAAAUGUAAUUUCAGGGCAUUUUUUAGGGGUGAUCGAAGAGAAAAAAAUUCAAUUGAAGCGAAACUGUAUUAGGGUAUUGUCAAGCAUGAAGGGGAUGCUAGAUCGAACCAAGGUUGUAGUGAGGCACUUGCCGCCGACGAUUUCUAGGUCAGCUCUCAUAGAGCACGUUGAUUCCGGCUUCCGCGGCCGCUAUCGAUGGCUCUCCUUUCGGCAAGGCAGAUCAAGCCUGAAGCAUCCGUCCUAUUCCAGAGCCUACAUUGACUUUAAUCAGCCAGAGAAUACUAUUGAGUUUGCAGAGUUUUUCAAUGGCCAUGUCUUUGUCAACGAGAAAGGCACCCAGUUUAAAACACUUGUUGAGUAUGCUCCUUCACAGCGUGUUCCGAAGCAGUUGUCUAAUAGGGAUGGGCGUGAAGGGACUAUAUUUAAAGAUCCUGAAUAUUUGGAGUUCCUUGAAUUUCUUGCAAAGCCUAUCGAGAAUCUUCCCAGUGCAGAAAUACAGUUGGAGAGGAGGGAAGCAGAACGAGCUGUUCUUCAUUUUAUUUUAGGUGCUCCAAAGGAUAUUCCUAUAGUUACCCCUUUAAUGGACUAUGUUCGGCAGAAAAGAGCUGCAAAGAUUGGUCGGAGGGUGUUGUUGAAUGGGAAGCCAGCAAGAAGAGUUACUGGAGUGUUAUCCAAGAGUUCUGGUUCAGGUUCUUCAAAACGAGGCUCAGAAAAGUGGACUUCUACCACCAUGUAUGUUUUGAGAGAUAGCUCGAAGUCUGCAAUUGGGAAAGACAAGUCAACGAAUAAACUUGUUCCUAAACGAGAUGAUCAGCAACUCUCCAAGAUGUCUGUAAGUUCAGCUGCAGCAUCUGGAACUGCUGAUGCAUUGGAUAAGGAAAGUGAAGGCUCAAGACCAAAUGUAACUGGGAAGAAGAAGAUCCUGCUUUUGAAGGGGAAAGAAAAGGAAAUUCCCAUUAACCAGCGACUUGAAACUAGUGGAAGGAUCAUCAGGAGCAUUCUUCUGAAUAGGGAUAGUCGUCAGAAUCAAUCGGAAUAUGUACCUCAAUCUGAACUGCAAACCCACACCCCAGAUCAGGACAGGGAUAAGAGACCUCCUCGGCCCCCAAGUCUCCAUCGGAAGGAUUCAAGUGGAGCUUCUGGAGAUAAGGUUUUUGGCAAUGAUUUGCAGGGUAUCCACUCUGAGAAGCUGGAAAGACGAACAAGAAAUAAGGAUAGGCCUGAUCAUGGCGUUCAGACUCCUGUUCAGUGUUCAAAUGGCUCACGUUCUAGUGAUAGGUCUCUUACAUCUUUUACUUCCCAAACAUUCCAAGUAAAAGAUUCCACCGAAGAUUUUCUAGGAACUCAUGCAGAUAUAAAGCAUGAUAUGUUAGUUGCACGUGGCAGUGAGUUGAGAUACACAGGAAGUGGUCGUGGCAGUCAUUACUCUGUUGACGUUGUUUCUUACAGGUGUCGUGGUCGCCGUGGAUCACUGCAUGAUGUCAAGGAUGCAGGUGGCUCUUCCCUUGUGGAGAGCAAACCCUUGAAAAGAGUCUCUUCUGUCCAUGGUUCCCACGAGAAACAAGUGUGGGUCCAAAAGUCUUGUUCUGGUUCGUAGGUUUGUUACUAAUGGUGAGCUUCACUCUUUGUUAAUUAUCUUCUUGCGCAUCUUUUGGUAGGAACAUUAUUUUCGUCCCUUCUAUAAUGGACACUAGCAUUUGUAGUUUAUCAAAUGGGAUAAUUGUAUGUGUAAUCAGGUCAGGUCUGGGUUGGUCCAAAUUUGACCUGGUGAUCAGUGGGGAUUGGAGCUGUUUAAUGACAGGCUUUGCGAGAGUUAGUUUCAGUGUUUAUUAGCUUAUUGUUUCUGCAAUUUUUGCAAUAAAAAAUGAUUAUUUGUUCUUGUUUUGGUACUUAAAAUGAAACUAAGAAUCUUGAAAAACUGCUUUUGAGUUUUGACUACCUUAUUUUGCAAUAAUCUGGGAAGAUGCUUUUGCAGUGGAACCCUUGGUCAAUUAUAAUAUUGAAGCAUACAUUUGAUAACUGGAUUUCUCUCUUGCAAGUGAGCAUAUCCUUUGGGCGCAAGGUUGGAGGAGUCGGACAAUUCUUACUCGAGGAAUGCAGAUGGCUUCGGUUUUACCUAAAUGCCACGGAUGCCGGCAUAUAUAUUCUGCUAAAUGGGUUGACAACCCUAGACGUAAGACCAAAGAAUUGAUAAUGUGAUUAUAGUAACAUAUAACACCACCAUUUUCAUCGGUGGUUAUACUCAUUGGCAGGACCAUGUAUACUCCGUUCUUGCCAUUGACUCAGCUGGUCAUCUUGAUAUCUAGCUUCUUAGACAGACGGUUUAUAUUUGCUGAACUGUAUAUAAAAAUUUGGCAUGACAUGUAAAUGUACGGCCUAGUUAUUGCGUUUGUGGAAGCAAUCUGCCGUGUGGUUUGGUGAAAGUACUUAAUAUAGCUCCAGGGGUACCCAUAAUGAGGUUUGUCUAAGAUUAGAGCUCGAAUUUCAUGUGCAAUUGCACCCCUCGGAGUCCAAUGGAAAAAUGUUAUUAGAGAUGUGGGAUUUGAGUUUUGUUUUGACAAUGCUGAUGUUGGUGUGGAUGCUUGUAGAACGAGCUAUCGAUGGUUAAUGGUUUGAUGUGUUAAAUUUAUUUAUUUUCGUCUUA